AUGUGUACAAAGUGUUUGAUGAUGAAUACAUCUGUUGGGGACCACAUUGAUAGUGAAGCAACAAUCACUUUUUGUCCAGAAUGUAACAAAAUUUUAACAGGAUCGCGCCAGUGGGUUUUUGUGGAACGAGAAUCGGUUGAAGAAUUGGGGAUCAUGCUCAAGAUGAUUCAUGGUUUAAAGAAGAACGAACUUGUUGAUGCGAAGUUUGUAUGGACGGAGCCUCACAGUCGGAGAAUUGUAAUCGAGUUGAGCAUCAAGCAGGAAUUAGAAAACCGAACCACUGUCAUUGGUAAAAAACGCAUUACUUUUACCCAGACGCAGCGCAUCUGUCCUGAUUGUCAACGAAAUGUGACUAAUUUCUCUUGGGAAGCUGUGGUUCAAAUCCGUCAGCGUGCGGAGCAUAAAAAAACAUUGUUUUGGCUCGAGCAAGAACUAAUCAAGAAUCACCGCUAUGAAGACUCGUUGUCCUUGGAGAUUGUGAGCGGCGGGCUUGACUUUUAUUUCUACAAAUUGAAAGAAGCACAGUCGUUUGUGGAAUAUGUGAAGUCUAUUGUUGCUACAAGCCAAAAGUACAGCAAGCAGUUGCAUGGAACGGACCAAAAGAAUCAUGUUGCUUGGUACCGCCAUUCGUUUUAUCUUGAAGUUCCUUCGGUUUGUAAGAACGAUCUGGUCAUCCUUCCAAGAUCCUGUGCAUGUGAUCUGGCUGUUCCGUUUGUGCUUUGUACUCGAAUUACCUCGAAUUUAUCGUUCGUUCAGCCUACGAGUGGUAAAGUCGUGACAGUGUCCGGUACAUCCUACAGCAAGCAUCCGUUCAAUCCUCUUCUAAAUUCGAACCAUUUGAAGGAGUUUACAGUUCUGGAUGUUCAGUUGGAUCACCCAUCCCAGCGAACGAAUCGUGAAAUCACAGAAGAAAACAAUAUUGUUAUGGGGGAUGUCGAAGUAAUUCGAAGCGAUGAUUUCGGUGUCAGUAAUGAAACGAUUAUCGUUCGAUCUCAUCUGUGUGGUGUUUUGGAGCCUGGAAUGCUGGUAAUGGGGUAUGAUUUACGUCGAUCAGCGUUGAACAAUGACGAAUAUGAAAAGUACGCGGAUUUAUUACCCGACGUAGUAUUGGUGUGCAGAGCAAAGGAUCCUGAAAGAAAGCAGAAGCAGAAUAAGAACAAGAAUAAGGAAAGAUUGAGAGAAGUGAAUACUGCAUCUGAAGAGCGAAAUCGAGAAAUUGAGCAGUACGAAGAGGAGCGAGAGCAGUAUUUUUUGGAAGAGGAGAAUGAUAGCGAGGAGGAGAAUGAUAGCGAGGAGGAGAAUGAUAGCGAGGAGGAAACGAAGGAAAAGGACAAUGGAGAGGAAACGAAGGAAAAGGUAAUGUAG